AUGGCAAAUAAAACGAGUCCAGAAGAAGUUGAUACACAACACGACAAAGACCAUCCAACCUUUAAACAGCUCAUAAUUGAUUUCGCAGACAAUUCAACUCUCCACGGCCUGCCACGAUCUUUGAGAAAUAGCGUGCGUGUGUUUCGGAGGUUGAUCUGGCUAGGGAUCUUUGCCGGCUGUUUUGGCUAUUUCAUUUUCCAAGUUAUAGAACUUAUCAAGGACUACAACAAAUGGCCUAUACUUAUCAAAAGUGAAAUUAGAUUACGGACAUUCAUGGACGUCCCUGCCGUGACAAUAUGCAACGUAAACAUGCUGCGUAAAAGUAAAAUAGAAGGCACCACGUUUGACAGCCUGGUAGAUCUUGACAGAAAGAACUUUGCUAAUGGAAACACGCGAUCAACAACAGUACACAAGAAGGCAACGCCAAAGCCAAGGAAUAAAAGAGAUGGGAAGGUGGAGGAAACAUGGGAACGAUCGCGACCCCCUUUGAAUUCUAAUACAGACGUUAAAGCAGGCAGGGUUAACAUUAGACAAAUUCUACGUGGAUACAGACCCCAAGUCGGUAUCGGUUCAAAAGAAAAUGGUGUAAGCCAUUCCGUAAACACCUUGCGCGACGUUAAACCUGACGAUCCGGGUCCUUAUAAUGAAAAUGGACUACAAGGAGAAGGUAUUGGCGAAAAUAAUUAUGAAACAUUUGAUAACAGACCCAUUGAGGCUUAUAAUGCAGUGAACGACGAAUCUCCAUCACGUGAUGAUGGUUUACUCCGUCAACAUGACACUGCUGAUGAUGUAGCAAACGACAAAAUAAGGAUAAAACGAACUCUUGAUACAAAGCCAUCUGCCCCUGGGGCAACUGCAACUGAUCCAACAACAAUGUUUGAUCAAACAACAACAACAAUAUCUGGCCAAAUACCAACCAAAUCGGACCCAGUAACAACUAUAUCUGAUCAAACAACAACAAUAUCUGGCCAAAUACCAACCAAAUCGGACCCAGUAACAACUAUAUCUGAUCAAACAACAACAAUAUCUGGCCAAACACCAACCAAAUCGGACCCAGUAACAACUAUAUCUGAUCAAACAACAACAAUAUCUGGCCAAACACCAACCAAAUCGGACCCAGUAACAACUAUAUCUGAUCAAACAACAACUAUAUCUGGCCAAAUACCAACCAAAUUGGACCAAACAACAACUAUUUUUGAUCAAACAGCAACCCCUGGCCAAAUAGCUACCAAUUCUGACCAAACAACUACAGUAACAUCUGUCCCCAUUUGCACUUGUACAAUCCCAGUUGCCGCAACUAGCGCCCACACGCAGACUAGCCCACCUGGUUCAACAACAGUCUCUAAUGACACCUUCGUAGAAUCUGAUACAACCUCCUCUUACACUGGGAAUAACGGCUGGAGUAAUAACUCCUCUCUAGGCCAAGGCCAUGAUCCAAACACGUACGACAGAUACGGGCCUAGAAUGGACACGGGCUAUACCGCACCUUUUACGUUCAAGGAAUCACCAUUCUUGAAGAUUAAAAACCGAAAUAACUUCGGACAGAUACUCAAUUCCUCGACCGCCGAGGAUCUGAGUGAUAUAUUUGGGCUAGCGACUCCAACUGUUCAGCAACUUGAUAUGUAUGGUCACAGAAUAUCAGACUUGGCUGCGCUUUGUACUUUCGAUAUGGAGAAUUGUAAAAGGACCAGUGGCCAUUGGCUAGAGACUUACAACAAGUAUUAUGGCAAGUGCUACACAUGGAACAGUGCGAUUAACAAACCGGAAGGAGAAAGACCCCUUGUAACAACUAAUUUUGGAUCACGCUAUGGUCUUAGACUGACGCUCAACGUUGAACCAGACGAGUACACUGGGCUUCUCUCACCUACAUACGGAGUCAGGGUGUCAGUGCAUGAUAACUCCGUCGUUUCGUACCCAGAAAGCGACGGCUUAACUGUAUCUGUUGGCAACGAAAUGGUUUUUCGAUUACGCAAGAAGAAAUACGAACGUCAACCUAAUCCAUACCCCUCGAAUUGUAUGGAUGGAUGGAUGCGCCCAAGUAAAAACAGAAACCGAGGGGAGUAUACCGUGCUUGGUUGUAUGAUGGAGUGUCUGCAGCAACGGUUGUUUGAAAUAUGUGGAUGCUUUGAUAGAAUAGUUGAUGAAGGUGAACAUAGGUGCAACUACUUUAAUAGAACUGAAGAGUUCUGUCGCCAGAAAGUUUACCAUGCUUAUAACACAGGGAGACUUGGCUGCCGAUGUCCAGCAAAAUGCAGGGAAAGUACGUAUGAAGUCUCGACGUCUGUCUCAGCUUGGCCAAGCAAACAUCAUGAUCACUUUAUAAGGGAACGACUUAAUAAAAUAAAUAAUAUAUCGCUGCAUGAUAUCAAAAACACCACAGUAAGAGUUCAUGUUUACUUUGAAGAUUUCAACGAGGAAACAGUGAUCGAAGUGCCAGUGUAUACGGUGAGUGGCAUACUGAGCAACAUUGGCGGUACAAUGGGAAUGUUUAUCGGGCUCUCCUUAUGUACAAUUGGAGAGCUUCUGGAACUGAUGCUGGACGUUGCUAUACUACUAUAUAAGAAGCUAUCCACAAGAUUUAACAUACGGAGAGUGGGCACUGCAGUGACUUAAGUUUCGUAUAUUAUUUGUACUAUUUUACAACAUUUUAAAGCAAAUAAAUACCCGAAUCUAAAAAAAUGUUUAUUUGUGGUUUAUCAAUACCAACUCUUGCCAUGUUUUGCCAAUAUUCAAGCUUAAUUUUGCAUAUCUGUUUCUAUAUAGCAGAAUUACAAUGUCCAAUAUCAGUUCCAG